GAGAGAUUUGCACCCACUCAUUCGAUCAAUCAUCACGCUUCCACCUCUCCAGCCUGAGGUCUCCACAAAGCCACUCGCAAACGUUGCCCCCACCCACGCCUGCCUUUUUGUUUCUGUCGCUCGAUGAAAACAAGACGCGAAAUUAAGGAAAGGAAAUCACCCCCUUUGAUCUGCUAUAUAUAAUCUUAUCAUUUACACAUCUUCUUCAUUUCCUCCAUCUUCUUCUUCUUCUUCUUCUUCUUCUUCUUCUUUCGCAGCAUAUGUGCAAAGAUCGUUCUCAGCUUCUGAACUGGAAAUGUCGGCCCAGGUUGCUCCGGAGCAUAUCUGCUACGUCCACUGCAACUUUUGCAACACGAUCCUUGCGGUUAGUGUUCCAGGCAACAAACUGUUCAACAUGGUAACCGUUCGAUGCGGACAUUGCGCGAAUUUGCUCUCUGUGCAUAUGGGAUCUGUGCUUCACACUCUCCCAUUGCAAGAUCUUCAGACCUACAGCAUCGCACCUAAUGGAAACCCAAUGGAGUAUGGAUCAUCCUCAAAGUAUGCCAUGACUUCACUGAUGUACUCAAUGAAGAAUGAUCGACAACAAGCGCUACCGGUUCGCCCCCCAGAAAAGAGACAACGUGUUCCUUCUGCUUACAACAGGUUUAUCAAGGAGGAGAUUCAAAGGAUCAAGGCAAAUAAUCCUAACAUUAGCCACAAGGAAGCAUUCAGUGCAGCAGCAAAGAAUUGGGCACACUUUCCUCAUAUUCAUAUCGGGCGAAACCUUGAUGAUAAUACGCAACUAAGGCUUGAGGGAGGCAGUGGCUUCGCUAGGGUGCCUAAAGGCUCGGAAAUUAUGAUGAAAGAUAUAAAUCUUGAGUAAAUGUAGUGCAUUAAUAUCUUAAACUUGUGUUCUAUAUGUCAAGUUUGAAGCAAGUACAUUUUAUUUUACUGCUUUCCCUGGAUUAUAUUUUUAAUCAGACUCAUGUACUAGAAAUUUUAUCAUCAAUAAUUUGUUCGUCGCCUA